UGGGGCCGCCAAUCAGUAGGGCUCAUUAUCACUUAGCAGUGAAAUGUACCAACCUGUUAAUUAUAUCAGCCUGGAAUGUCAGGCCUCUGUGUGAGAAUGCAGAGGUUAUUAGCAGUGGUGGAGGAAAAAGGAGAUGAUGAGCCCCCGAUUAUGCCCUCAAGGCAGAUAUUAGCCUUAUUUCUUAUCCAAGAGGGGAAAAUUCAUCCCACUUUCCUUCUCAAUCAAUGCGCCAGGAGAGACAGUUAUGGGCUGUGAUAGUGCAGAACCCAUAUGCUUUGGUACCUGAUACCACCCCUCUCUAUACUUCCUGCUCUUGGCUGCUCUCCUCCCAGUGUUCACAAAAGGGGUGUGACUUGAGUUGUCAUGUUACAAAAGGAAAGAACUAGAGCUUGAAUGUUUUGCCCGAUAGCCAGUAAUUUGCUUGUAGUCAGAGCUACACUUGCAACACUCCCCUGAUUGAAUGGCUUGGCAAACUGCCUGUGUCUGGAGUGGCUACUCAAUAUUUAUUUAGACGCUGGGGGCCCAGUUGGACUCUGGGGCCCAUUAAGCUGCUGAAGCAACAAUGAGACUUAGGGAUCCCCUCUCAUCUCUGGAGCUGACACAUGAUUGGAGCAGGGAACUGCCUGGGGGCAUUAUUCUAACUAGUUGUCCUCUGAGACCAAUUCAUAUGUUGUUCCAUCUGACUUCAUACAAAGGGACAUAACUGCCAUCACGCUUAUUAUGCCCACGUCUCUCCAUACACAGUUCCACUGCUAUGGGGCAAAGAACUUCACAGACUGGAUGAACAUCACUGUAGCCCUGUUUUCAUACUCUGUGCCAAGGAGCUGCUGCCACAAAGUCACCCAGAAAUGUGGAGAGAAGGUGAUGGAGCAUCAGAAUAACAUCUUCCUGGAGGGUUGUGUCACCAAGAUGAAAACGUGGAUCUCGCAGCAUGUGGCUGUCAUUGGCGCUGUGGGGGUCGGAUUGGGGUUUGUACAGCUCUUCGGGAUUCUCCUGUCCUUUCUGUUGGUGAAGAUCCUUCAGGAAAACGAUGUGUCGCUGUAACUGGUGGUGGGAGGAACCAGCUCGGGUGCCACUUGGGUUCCAACAUAAAAUAUUUAAUUUAAAGAAAAGUUUCAGAGCAAGUGCCCAAGUAUGGGUGGAGUCUGUAUUUUUGCUUUAGUGCCUCUCCGUUGAUAGUAGUCAUUAAACACAAUUUGUCUCCAAAUUAACAUGUGUAACACCUUUUUUUUAUUACACAUAGGGAGGUUUGAAUUUGCUAAUAGUAAAAGUAAGUAAGUCCACAAACAAAAUAUUAAUGGUGAGAUUUAUUGCUCACCUUUAUUAUUCUGCCCAGCUUUAUUGGCUGCCGAGCCUACCUACAUUCUUAAGAAAAUACACAAUAAUUACUGAAAUUGUGACUAUUCAUACACAUACUAGAAACUUCAUUUAGAGCAAUUAAUUUCAGUCCAGAUAUAAGUGCUAAACUAAACAUUCAUAAACUGGAUUUUCCUUUUUAAAAUGCCUGGGAAAGGAGGCAAGUCUUAGGGCUCUUACAGACGAGCGUUUUUACCUGC